CUUUCUACCAGGAGUAAAGGAAAAUUUGAAGGUAGUAUUACACUGUAUACUGCUCUCCUCUCGCUCUUUGCGCAUUUUAUAAUAAAAUGACCUGGGACCAUUCAUGAUCAGCUGACAGGGCAGUUAUUAAAAAUAAAAAAACCCGCAAAUCCAUAAAACACAAGAAAAAAUACAAGCAUAGUCCCAACCUUAUAAACUACAUGCAACUGUAUAAUUCAAAGUUGCGUUAAAUAUUUAAGAUGUCGUAAAAAAGGUUGUAUGUGUUUAUCAUGGUGAAUAUACAGAUUGUAUAUAGAUCAUACUCUUGACCUCGUGCAAUUCCUUUAAAAGCUACACCACUAGAUUUACAUGCAUUUAUUCGCAACUCCCUUCACUGCUAUGUAUUAGCACGUUUAUCAGCAUGACAGAAAGAAAUUUGUAUCUGGAAAAGUCGUUGACAUUCGCACACAUUGCGUGCCUAUGCUUGCUUGCUAAAAUAUUCGUAAUCAGUUCCAUGUUGACGAAUUUGCAGACGACGUCUUACUGGGAGCCUAAAUAUGUUUUAUGCGGGAUACCAGAAGGCGUUACGCGUCAUCAGUUUGUUCCAUUCUCUGUGCACCGUUUCGUAGAAUACGCAACGGCGCAAAAUCUACUUCCCAUAGAUAUCAGUUUUAUCAGUCGUCGAAGAGCACAAUUUUCACCUGGAGCCGAUUAAGGUAGAAUAUCUCGCUUAGUUGAUGUCUCAUAAAGUUAAAUUAGUAGUCGAUUUCCCGGGCCUUUUCCCGGGUUUUUAGCGCUUGCAAAUUUAAGAGAUUCGGAGUAAAUCAACUGAGCAAUCAAUAUUUAGUGUUUGCAGUCUGAUCUUUAUGGCGUUCUUACUAAUCAGUCUUGUUGUAAAUGUAUGGUGUGAAUUCUCCGUAGUUUUCCUAUCUAGUCUAAAACUUUCAUCAAGCUUACUGACAAACUGAUAACUUCAUAAUCAACAAAUACUGUGGAAUGCGGGUUUAGGAAUGCUCUCCAUUGCUAAUAUUUUCCAAUGAUAUUUCGCAGGUUUUUAAAUCCGCCUCGAAGAGUAGAAUUGGAAUUCAUAAAUCUGGCAAACGUGAUUGAGCAAAGGUUUAAUUCAAGAAUAUAAACUGAGGAAAGCUCCCAUCUGUUUCUCUUACCUUAGACGCUUUCACUUUUGAUUUUACAUAAUUAAAAUACAUUUUUGCAAGAAUUGCGCUGUGGGAUCGGCGAUUUGUGUCCAGCCUGGCUGGUUCAACAGCGAAUAAUUUAAGCGCACGUCCAAUUUCAAUGUAGAAUCUAGAUAACUUGAACAAGGCUAAGUUGUCUAGCGUCAGGCCAUUGCGCUAUUCUUCUAGCCAUGUUUGUGGGAGGCACACUGUUUCGCUGGACAUAACUGCUUCAGGUUAUACUGUGAUGAACAAAAAUGCCUUCCAGAGGGAAUAGCAAUGCUUUCAGUUGAUGAAUGAUACGGAAACUGCAUAAGUACUGGCAAUGUGGAUCAGUUUGGUCCGAGUGCGACUUAAGUUUUAGGUUUUAUGCAGUAUGCCUGAAGGCGUUACAUGUAAUCAGUUUGUUCCAUUCUCUAGAAUUCUGUUGAAGCAACCUUUGGGGAAAUUAGCUGAUCACUCCAACACUCUUUGUUAGGUUGCUUCUCUUUUUAUUCCCACUAUUGAUUACUUCGGUACAAUACUCACAACGUCCUCUUCUGGUACUCUUGACUGGUUACAGCAAGUACUACAACUACAAGGAGCUAACUCGUCACGUUCCUUUUAAAGGGACAACCACGUCCUCCAUCAAAUCAAUGUCGAACUGUCAAUUAGGCUAACGUAAUGUCAUGCGCAGUUCGAAUAAGGUUCUAUUGCGACUGCGCACCAAGCUACUUAGCAUAUUUUCCUUCGAGGUUUGUUACGGUUUUGUAUUUAGUUUUCCUUUCAUUCCCGGUGUUUCCUCUGUUUUUCUUUUAUUUAUCUAUUUCGCCGCGCUAUGACUCUUGGGACAUGUCACGUUCUUGCUUAGUUGUCGGACUUCUGUUAGAGGAUCGUCGGUGUUAUGUUGUUGUAGGAAUCAUCGUCGAAUUUUAUGGACCUUUAUAAGCCAGCUAGAGGCAUUACUGCGCGGAAAAGAUAUAUACUGACGAAUCAGCUCUCAGACGUACACGCCAACUCAAAGCCUCACCGUGGUACAAGGUGGAAAAGAUGGAACAGUCCCCCUUGCAGGGUACAAAAAUAUCACUAUCCUGGCUUUCAUUGAAUAAAUAUUUUCUGAAACUAUUUUUCCUGUUCUGUGGAACUACACUGGUCAUUUGCGCCUUCUAUCUACAAAGAACCAGUGUUGUAGACAAAGGAAACAUACAAAUCUACGAUCGAUCACUUACUCGGCACAGGGCAACUAACCAGUCUAGUAGUUCAGUUCCCCAAACAGAGAAAGAGGAAAGUGCGUGGCGGCCCGGGAAAAAGAUUUUCAUCGCUUUUGAUUACUGGGAGCAACUGACAAUGGCAACAAAUAGCUUCCUUGAUCUCACAGCCCUUGCUGCGUAUGGUGGACGACAAGUUGUCCUUCCAUUUGUAAAAGACUCGCGUUUUUACGGCGUACCCAAAAAGAAGGGUUUUCAAACACUCGCACUGUACUAUAACGUGUCUGCGCUCAAUCACACGCUUCGCUCUAGCGGCCAUGGUACGCUUAUAAGCUGGAAAGAGUUUCAAGACGUCUGUCAAGGAAAACUGGAUGUACUGGUGCAUUUUGAUUACACGAACCUAACUAAAAGUCAAAAAUAUAAUCGAACCACGCGGGCAUUUUUUCCCUGCAACACUCGCCACGGAAACACAUUUUGGGGUUUGAAAGCUAAAAGAACAAUUUGCAUGAAUGUGUUUGCGGUUAAUUCAGUUGAAAAAUUCGAGACUGACGUCAUAGAGGGGUUACCAUGUGUUGGCUUGGCUCAAUGGAGAGGAAGUACUAGAGCAAGAUCGUAUCGAGCACAAUUUAAUUUGGAAGCAGUUGUACCACAUCGUAUCUGCGUUUAUGACGCUGCCAUUUUCUUCAGUGCAAGACUCCUUCAAGUUGCACGAGAUUUUAUCGCAAAAAGUCUUGGCCCAUUCUUUGUCUCUGCGCACGUUCGCGCGGAAAAGAUGCUAAAGUUUGGAAUUACUUUUAGCAAUAGUGUAGCGGUCAAGAAGUGUAUAUCAAAUUUGACGAGGCGAGUGCUAAGGUACAAGAAUGCUAGUGGAGUUCCCAUACCGCUUUUCUUAGCAACCGAUUUCGGAGACUAUGGAAGUUUGUCUGGACUUGCAAUACGUGCCCGAAAAAACGCUAAGUCAUUGAUGAGUAUUUUAGCGCCUCUAAAACCAAUUAUUUUUCAGCCUUCAACUUACAAUCUUACUGAUCAUGGUGCUGUGGCCAUUGUGGAAAUGAAUAUUGUGUCGUCUGGAAAACGCUUAUUUGUAGUUGGAGGGGGCUCAUUUCAAAAGUGGCUAGUUAAUAUGUUCCACAAUAAGAUCAACAUUGACCAAAAAGCGAAAGCUGGAUGCCAAAUAAGGAAUUGUGUAACUGAAGAUUGUGUACAAUAAAUUAACUUUUCAGAAGCACCAUUACCAUUUUAUAAAGGCAACUCGCUAUCAUAAUCUGACAACGUGAUUAAUAAAUAUGUCUUAUUAGAAAAAAAAAAUGAAUUAUUCGACAAUUAGGGAAAUUAGCUGCUUAUCGCUCAAGUCAAAGUUAAAGUCAGUAAAUUUAGAUCAAAAGUAUUUUUAGUAGUAUCUUAUUGAAAAAACUUAUUAUUAGAAUUAUUAGUUUUGUAGCAUUAUUUUGGAUAACUUGGAGGUGAUUCAUUAGAUUAACAUUGUUUUUGUCAAUCCAAACACUGUCGGCGUAAUAAAAUAGCGGCAGAACGAGACUGUUAUAAAAAGUUAAUCUAGCGUAUAGAUAUAAAAACUGUUUAAUACGGCGAUUAAAAGCAAGGUGUUAGCUGACAUUAUACUGUUUUUAAGGGGAAUAUAUUCCGUCCAAGUCGUAUUCUUAUUGAUUGUAACCAGGAGCCAUAGUCGGGGACGGAGACCGUAAGCGCGCCAUUUCUAUGAUAUGGGACAAUUUUUCAAUUUUUAGAACAAAUUGCGCCAUCGUGUGCAAGGUGAUGACACUUAGUCAUAGUUAGAGAAAUUUUUCGCACAAUUCUGUCCAAGGGAGAAAGGUGCAAUGAGGUUAACCCUAUGUAAAGCACCAACCCGUGAGACAAGGUGAGACCACAACACUUGCCUUACUCUUUUCGAUAAGUGUGUAGGUUCUUUAAUAUUCCCUGCUAACCACGUAACACUGAAGAUGCAGGAGACGGGGCGUACGGUUUAUAGUCUUUAUCCGCGAAGACUUGAACGUCUGACCAUUUGCAGUUGUAAUUACAAAGGAAGCACAUGUAUAUUUUUGCGCCUCUGGGGUGAGAGUAGAGCUCGACGUGCUUGAAAACGGCAGCACUCGAAAGAGGUUCAUCUACUCAGCUCGAGCAACUAAGGAUUUACACUGCUAGUAAAAUUUGAAAAUUCUUUCAAACUGCACUCGCCUGAAGGCGCGCGCAAUUUUGCGGGGAUUUUCAAAUAUCACGAGCAGAGUAAAUCGUUAACUCCAUUCUGUAUAGCGGAGCCAAAAACGUCCGGCAAGUUUAACAAAUCGUAUUCUUUAUUUAAUAUCUUGCCAAGUAUUUACAGCAAUGCAGUUUACUAUAUCUCAUUUGAAAAGCACAAAAUGUACUUUCCAGAAAAAAAAAA